UUGACAUUGUGUGGCCUAUAUUUAGAUUUGCACCUCACUUUAUAACCAAUUUAUAACUAUAUUUAUGAUACCUACCGCCUGUUACAUUUCUGUCAAUGGGUAACCUACAUUUGGUUUUACACCUUACCGAUAAUACCCUUAUAUUUGGUUUUGUUUAUAUCUGCUCUCUAUAUAUUUGCACUCUUUCCUGCUUUGUAUAUCAACUGUUGCACACCAAGUUCCCUUUAUGUAAACAAAGAAUCUUAAUAUGAUGUGUAAUGUGCAGAAAGGCCACACUAGUUGAGCUCACAGGCUAAAAUUAGACCGGUUUGAGCAGUUAUAGUUUUUGUUGAUUGGAUGUGCACCAACCAGGUUAUAACUUUUUGUUUCCUGCAUGACUGAAAGACAACUGUGACACAAGGAAGUGUGACACAGAUGUAGUGACUUGCUGAUGUCCUGCAGCUAAAGUAAAUUUUUUUUUCAGGUCAGUCCUUCCCUCUGCAUACCAUGCGUAGGCCUGUAUUUUGCUGUCGUCUCACCCUUCCAGUAAAGUUAGCUACUUCCUGCUUUCUGCUUGUGCUCAUCCGUAUGUACCUCACCAUCAACCACACAGCUUUCCCUGAACCAUCACACCUACCUCUGGCGGGUGUGGUGAGACUCAAAGUAUCCACCCCUGUUGUCCUGUUGCCAAAUCCCAAAUGUCCACCUGGCUUUUACACUGCAGAGGAGCUUAAGCCUCACCUUCGGAGGCCUCUCCAAGACCCCAGGGCACCAGGAGCGCGAGGUAAACCCUUUGUGUCACACCGAAUGACUCUGGAAGACAAAAAAGAGGAAUUGUACGGGUUUGAUAAAAACCAGUUCAACCAGUUUGCCAGUGAUCGCAUCUCCCUGCACCGUGAUCUGGGCAAAGAUACACGACACCAAGACUGCUUGGAACAGAGGUUUCGGCGUUGUCCUGGCCUCCCUACAACCAGUGUGAUCAUAGUGUUUCAUAAUGAGGCAUGGUCCACUCUGCUGAGGACCGUCUACAGUGUCUUACACACAGCUCCUGCAGCCCUGCUCACAGAGAUCUUACUGGUGGACGAUGCCAGCACAGAUGAUCACCUUAAGACUCGCCUGGAUAACUAUGUACAGCAGCUGAAUAUAGUCCGUGUGCUACGACAGAGGGAGAGGAAAGGCUUGAUCACAGCCAGACUAUUGGGAGCGCAGGCCGCACAAGGAGAGGUCCUCACCUUCCUGGAUUCCCACUGUGAAUGCUUCCCCGGAUGGCUGGAGCCUCUUCUAGCUCGGAUAGAAGAGCAGCCUUCCGCUGUGGUGAGCCCGAAAAUCGCCAUCAUUGACCAAGAUAACCUAAAGUUCAGUAAGCCAGUCCCUAAACAGCAUUAUUACCAUCGGGGGAAUUUUGACUGGAGGCUAAAGUUUGGAUGGGAGGGCAUCCCAGAAGAGGAGAAGAAGAGAAGGAAGAAUGAAACUUUUCCUAUCAGAACUCCGACCUUUGCUGGUGGCCUGUUCUCUGUAUCUAAAUCAUACUUUGAGCAUAUUGGGACUUAUGAUGACCAGAUGGAGUUCUGGGGAGGUGAGAAUUUGGAAAUGUCCUUCAGGGUCUGGCAAUGUGGAGGUCAGCUGGAGAUUAUUCCUUGUUCUGUUGUGGGGCAUAUUUUCCGCAGAAAAAGCCCCCACACCUACCCCGGAGGCAGCACUGUGAUCACUCGCAACCUGGUCCGCCUGGCUGAGGUCUGGAUGGAUAACUACAAAUGGGUCUUCUAUCGUACAAACAAAAAGGCUGCUUCCAUUUUUAAAGAGAAUUUAUUUGGAGAUGUUACUGAACGCCAUAAACUCAGGGAGAGAUUAAAGUGCAAGAACUUUUCUUGGUACCUAAACAACAUUUAUCCAGAGGCCCACGUGCCUGAUAUCGUUCCAGUCAGGCACGGACAGUUGGAAAACGUUGGUUGGAAGUGCUGCCUGGAUGUGAAGAAGACAAAUAAGCAAUGGGAGCCUGUUAAAAUGUUCACAUGUAGUAGUGAAGGUAGAGCACAGUAUUUUGAAUACACAUCCCAGCAAGAGGUACGGCUCAGCAGCGGCAUUGAGUUGUGUUUACAUGCAACCCCUGGAAGAGCUCUUGUGUCUCUUAAACUCUGUCAACGGAUGGGAAAAGUAACCACAGCAGCUCCUGAGCAAGUCUGGAUCUUUACACAGGAAAACCAUCUGAGGAAUCCAUCGUCAGGCAAAUGUUUGACAGUAUCAGGAGGAAAGGUGAUUGUGACUACCUGCAUAUCCACCAGACUCAGCCAGAACUGGGUCUUCAUCUGACUCUUGGUCGUGGAUUUGUAUAUGUGGAUGUUUUCAUAAAAGAUAAAUUAAAUAUAUAUAUAUUAAAUAUUUAAUAAAUAUUUUAAAUAAUACAAUUAA